AUGAAGAAAAUAGAAAACGGAAGAGAUCUGAGCCGCAAAAUCCCAACAUUGCUGCUGGAAGAAAAGGAGUUGGAGGAAGAGGAUGGCCACAGACCAAGCGAUAUAUGGAUAAUGAUGGAUAGAGUGAAACUGACAUAUGAAUUCAGGGCAGUCCUGCUUACUAGGUUUGGAUGGUUGAUGAAUGGCCAUAUUGAUGCUGCCCAAUACCCCAUAAAAGAGCUUGAGACUGUGGUUGGUGGUUUAAAUUGUAUUGCGGCAAUGACACAUUGCAGUAGAUUUGCACCCCAUGAUCCUCACUAA